CUGCGCGUGUGCGCUGACACUGCGUGUGACGAGUGGACUGGCGGGCGCGGAGGCGGGAGACCGUAUUUAUACCGCGCGGCCGUAUCUCCGCCUCGACGGCUCUCGGACGGGUUUGGUCCAAUCGUAGGGCGAGCUUUCUGGUACAUAGCGCUACGCCCCGGGGCCCCCCGUCCCCCACUACCCAGGCCCCGGGCCCCGCGGACCCCUCGUGCUCAGCCCCGCCCUGGCCACAGCCGCUCAGCCUCACACUCCGCUACAUCCUUGUUGAUCUUGUUGUGUCGCUCACGGGACCUACUCGCUCCUCAUGUACUUUUAUUUUGCAAUAACGAACCGAUGGUCGGUGAAGUGAUCGUCGAGUGUGGACCUCCGACCGCGGCCGUUCACCCUCGUGCGCUACCGAGUACAUUAAUGCUGUUAAAAUGUAAGCUAUUAUUGUGUCACAAAGUUAUUUCAGUGCUACCUGGACUCGAGCACUCAAGUCAUAGUUCGAUGUUCCCUUUCCAACAGUGGAUGAUUCAAGGCACUAGGGUAGCAGGAGCGGUGAGAAGCACACCAGCUGCGUCUCCGGCCAUCGGUAAAAGAAAUGUUUGA